ACAGCAGCAGUGGGAUACAGACGUCGUGAGAUGCAUGGCAGGAUGGUGUCAGGGCUCCUGUCCAGGGUCACCGUGUUCCUCCUGGUGCUGCUGCAGGACACACAGUCAGUCUACAUUCAGUACCAAGGCUUCCGGGUCCAGCUGGAAUCAGUGAAGAGGCUGAGUGACCUAGAGGAGCAGAGACUACCCAGCCCCCGCCUCCAGACCCAGUCCCUUGUGCCCUCCGCAUGUCACCACCGAGCCCUGCCACAGGACCUCCAGCCCGUCUGUGCGUCCAAGGAAGCAGCCAGCAUCUUCCAGGCCUUGAGGACCAUCGCUAAUGAUGACUGUGAGCUGUGUGUGAAUGUUGCCUGCACCGGCUGCCGCUGAGGUGGCUGGCCGCCCUGAGCCUGCCCUGGACACUUUGUCCCCAGCCUACUGUCGUCACAGCCUGGACCCCCACCUGGGUUCUGGGGGGACCCUGAGGUCAUCACCACCAGCCAGAGGCCCGAGCGGCUGGAUCUGGCACAAGGCGGUUGGACGCUUGGUUGGAGGAGAGUUUGGCCCCCAAGGCAGCCCUGCUGCUGAAUAAAGAUUCCCCAUCCCACAUA